AUGGGCUACGCCAUUCUCAUGCAGUGGACGACAACGGUCCCGCCGGGCCCACGCACAAACAUCUCGGACCUCGUCCUCUCGCGCGUCCUCGAGCACUACAACAUCACACACCCGAUGCGCUCCAGCGUCCAGCUGCGCACCUUUCGCGCAAUGUUCCCAGAGGCCAUCACACCGGCAUCCGCGGCCCUCGGCGCGGGAGCCACCCCGCCAGCACCGCGCUUGCUCACGACGAUCACGUAUUCGCUCCCCAUUCCGCCAGUCCGCGAUGUCCCAGUCCCACUGGGCGCCAGGGACGACACGACCUAUCUGUUUCUCGAGGACAGAGGUAUCCCUGCUGCUGCUCCUGCGACAUCGACACCGGCUGGUGCUACCCCAGUUCCAACUCCCACUCCAGCAGCAGCUCCAGCAGACCCCAAGGCGAACGGCACCGGCGACAAGGACGGCGCGAUCGAAAUCAAGGACACGCUUGAGGAUGAUGGGUUUGAGAUCGUUGACGUGACCAUGACCGAUGGCGAGAAGCCUGCUGCUGGGGACGCGGCCACAGCUACGACGAUCGAGACUGCACUACCAGCAGUACCCGCGGCCAAGCAGGCGGCACCACCAGCACCACGGAGGGAAAAGUACAAGAUCCUCGCCGUCAAGCCCGCUACCCUCGUCAUGCCCACACUACACAACUUGCUGUCGCCCUUUGUGCUAGGCCUGUCCAAGUCUGCCCGUGCAGCAGCGUCCACUACGGCCCAGGCAGCAGCACCGACACCCUUGACAGGUACACCUCUGAUCCUCACGACACUGGCGUUCCCGCCCACCGCGCACCCCCACCCCUCGCUCAGCCUCAGCGUGCACAUCUUGCCCAACGCAAACGCGCAAACCAUCUUUCUGGAGGGCGAAUGGGACGGUGCAGUGCCUGCUGAGGCGGCCACGAGCGUGUUGAAAGAGUUUUUGCUCGGCUGUGUCCCAGAGGGUGUGGCUGGUGACGCACGCUUCAUGAGCUGGGAAGGCGCCGACGAAUGUGGUCUUGAAGGGUGGACAAGUGUGGAGAAGACAAGGCGGAUGACCAUGUUGCUUACGCGCGCGCUGCGCGAAAGCCAGUUCAUCUAG